AUGCUGGCCGAGCGCACCCUGGACGGGCUGCUGGCCGAGCACCCCGGCGAGCUGGUGCGCACGGGCUCGCCGCACGUCGUCUGCACCGUGCUGCCCACGCACUGGCGCUCCAACAAGACGCUGCCCAGCGCCUUCAAGGUCGUGGCGCUCGGCGACGUGGUCGACGGCACGCCCGUCACCGUGCGCGCCGGCAACGACGAGAACUUCUGCGCCGAGCUGAGGAACAACUGCGCGCCCAUGAAGAACCAGGUGGCCAAGUUCAACGACCUGAGAUUCGUCGGGCGCAGCGGCAGAGGAAACGUGAUGGCUGGGAUGUCCGGCAGGAUGAUGUUCCCUGCUAGUUCCUCGUGGCUCUCGAAUGUUGAACCACGUGAAACCUUAGUGGGCUUUGGAAGACUGAAUGCCCAGGAAUUACCAGCUCGGUAA